CCGUCGCAGCAGCAGCAGUCCCUCGCUCGGCGGACACUGCCUGGGCCCAAAAGUUUUAGACUAACACUCAAUGCAAGCUGUCAGAUCCCAGCCAAGUCGCCUCUCUCUCCCGCAACUCCGCCGGCAUCUCGCAUCUCGGGGAGUCCUCAACUGAAAUCCCGAUCCAGAACAGAACUCAUAAUCCACUGUCCACACAAAUAAGAUCCGUAGAACAUUCGUUCCCUCACCCCAUUGAAGAAGGAGUACCGCCCAAACUCAGCGGCUGCCAUCGAACGUUUCACAAGCAUAUUUCAAGCCGUCUUAAAGCACAAGGGUCUCUGAAGACAGCGGCAAGGAUGAUGAGGGACUGGGCGGCCCCGGGUGGUCGCACCGUCCUGGUCAAGGCCCUUCCUCCGGGCAAGGAUCGGGCGGAUUUUACAGAGUUCUUGCGUGAAAAUCAUAGUUUUGGUUUCGAGCAUGUCAAGUUUGAUACGGAUGAAGGCAUCUCAAUCCUUUACGACACGCACCAGAACGCCAAGUUCGCCCUCGACUCCAUCACCCAGAGCACGGCCAUCGACAUCACCUGGGCCGCGCAAGAUCUCAUCCCAGACCCCUCCCUCCUCAGCUCGCGGGCCCUCCACGCCGUCGAGCCCAACCCAGUUGUCUACAUCGAACCAGCAUUGACGCCGCUCUCGCCCGACGAGGUCAAGAAACUCCUCAUGGCCUACCGCGGCUGCGAGUCGUUCGACAUUAUCAGCAAGGAGGAACUCAACUACGACCGCGAUCGCGGGGUCGGGCGAGCGCCGCACCAGGGCCGCGCGUCGUCGGCUAGGUUCUACUACUAUGCGCUGUUUAGAGACGUGUUUUGUGCAGAGACUGCUAUCGAGGACUUGAACAAGUGUAUAGGGAUACCGGCCACGUAUGCAAGGAACCAUGAGCGUGUCAGGAAUAUCCUUGAGGGGAAGGUCGCCCGGCUGGGGACGGCAGCCACGCCCGCGCCGGCGACGCCCCGCAACAAUUCGGCGAUGCUGACAUGGAUCCACGUCGCGGAGAUCCCAACCGACGUCGAUUUCGCCAAGCUGCGGGCUCACUUCGGACGUCUGGAAGGGUUCCGCUGUCUCUCCUUCCAGCCCAACGGCGUCUUGCUCGGGUUUGCCACCGAGCCUUACGCCAAGCGCGCCGCCGAGAUGCUUUUGAAGAACACCCGCAUGGAUGUCAAUCCGGCGACACCCGACGCUGUGCAGACCGUGCAGCAGGUCACGACGGCCAUGGCGGUGUCGCAGCCCGCCACGACAUUGUGUGUCCAUUUGACACCGUACGCGCCCGUCCACCGCGUGUCGGAGAUGGUGCACGUCUACGCCGGCGUGCAGGAGGUCAAACCCGACGCCGCUCAUGUGUACGUCCGGUUCGCAAGUCUGGAUGAGAGUGUGCGCGCCGUGACGGAUCUAGAGGCCACCACCGACCUUGCGUUGGAAUUCGUGCCCGGGUUUGGUGUGGCGAAGGAUCAUAACCUUGGGGUACUUUCCCCGACCGGAACCACCCCUGCACGUCCGGCGUCAACCCACCCCGGUGGGGGACUGGUUACCGCCGCAGGCCUGCCCACACGCCCACGCACCACGCGCGCCGACUCCACCAUCUCAACCGCUUCGUCCGCCGCCGCAACGCCCUUCCCCCACCAACAUCAACACCCAACAGACCACCAUGGGGCCAUUUCCAUCUCCCCCUUCGACACCACAACAGUGCUCAUGGCCUCGCACCCCACCCCAACUCCCCCAUCACACUACGAUCCCCGCUACCUCUCCGACGCCGCCAUUUUCAUCUCCGCAAAAGACCUCCCCCACGUCAAAUUCUCCCUCCGCCACUCCGUCGGCACCCUCGACGGCUUCACCCGCAUGGCCUUCCAAGAAGAAGGCUUCUACGCCUGGUUCACCACGCGCGACCACGCCGCCAAAGCGGUCGGCCGCCUCGAGGGCGAGAAACACAUCACGCCCACGCUGAUCAAGCGUCCGCAGACCCGCACCCCGCAUGCCCCGCACCCCAUGCGCCCGCUUACGGCAGAACACUACCAGGGCGCCCUGUUUGUGCGGUGUCCGUGGGCGCUGACGCUGGACGGCCUGCAGUGCAUACUGGAGGCGUAUCCCGGGUACAUGACCUGUCGCCACCUACGCGACGCGAUCAUCGUCGACUACGUGAACCACGAGGUUGCGGAGAAGGUUGUGCGGGACCUGCAGGAGACGACCAACAUCCGCGUGGAGUGGUCGACCCGGUCCGCGCAGCCGGGGAACAGAUACAUGGUGGACGACGCGGGGGACGAGGCCGCGCACGAGAGACGGUACAGUGCCCCACGACCGAUGGAGCCUCUCGCUCGCCCGGCGUUCGCGCCCGCGCAGACUUCUCGCACGUUGGUGGUGAGCACUGCCGUCCCCGUCGACAAGGCCGACACCCGGGCCAUCGUCGCCAAACUCCCCGGUUUCUCCCGCGUGCGGUUCCAGGGGAUCAAUUUCCACAUCGCCUUCCAGACCCCGGAACUCGCGGCUCAAGCCCUACCUUUGAUCAAACGCAGCCAACCGGCCUGGAAGGCAUCGGCAGCGAAAACAGACAUCCCGCCCCUCCCCGAGCAACUCGCCGCGGUGCAGGAAGCCAAAAACCCCAAACCGCCCCCAUCGACCGUGCUGGAGAUCGCAAACGCCGGCUGGACCGAGGCGGAGUGUAUCAAGCUUUUGGAGAGUUUCCACGGGUUCGAGAGCGUGGAUUAUGAUUCGGACACGAGUCGCGCGUACUUUAGCGAUGGGCGGACGUGUCAACGGGCUUGUGUGGAUAUUAACAGUACAACCGAUUUGGUGGCGGCUUAUGAGAAGAGGGGGGAGGAUAGGCUGGCGGGGCAGGGGUUGUCGUUUGUGGGCGCGGCGGCGGCGGCUGCGAAGGUGCUGAGAGAGGGUGGUGGGCACGCUGAGGAGGGGCCUGUGAUGGUGCAUAACGCUGAACCCGCUGAUGUUGUCGUGCAUGCGUGGAAACAGCAGCCUGCACCCGACACCACCACCACUCCACCAACAACCGUGACGCCCGCAUGGAAACAACACGCGUUCGACUCUACACCCCCGAAAGCAACCACAGAACCAUGGUGGAAACGCCGCACACCCCCGGUCGCAACACCAACAACGCCAACACCCACCGACGCCGCCCCACACGCGUGGAAAAAAGCCGAAAUCAUCGACACGGCCGAGCACGCGUGGCGAGUGUGGGCCAAUACACCCGCCGUGAGCUCUCACCCUACUUUAAGCGGUGGUGGUGUGGAAAACCUGUGGGCGCGCGAUCUGGCUGGCGGUGUGGUUGACCCCUGGAAGCGUAAUGAAGCUGCCGCUGCGACGGAAGACGCGUGGGGCCCGCCGUCGGCGGAAGGGGGCGCGCGGUGGGGUGCGCCUGUGCUGUCUUCAUUCACGCCCACCGUAAGUAACUCCGCACCGGCGACCAGCGCCGCCGGGUUCGCAGGCAACUGGCCCGAUCGCCCAGCAAACUACAUCUCGACCCCCAACAGCGCGGCGCGGUUCAAAGACCGUCCGCCCGCUCCGGCUGUUGUGGCUGAUUGGCCUGUACAUGUACCCGGCGAGGUCGGGGAGCGUGCUGCCACCCCGGCGGUUGUGCCUGCUUGGCCUGUUGCGAGGACUUUGGGAGAUGGCGCGGUGCCGUCGGUUGUCGUCGAGGUUGAGAAACGUGGGACGUUGACGGAGGUGUUUGCGAGACCAGGAGUCGGUGAGGGUGUACAGGAGGUUGAGUUCGGAUGGGAUAUGGGUCGCAAUGCGCAUGGGAAAGCGGAGAGUGUGGAGGCUCACCAUGCGCCGCAGGAGACCCUCUCAAACAUCAUCAUGAUCCGCAACUGCUCGAUCCAGUCCGCGGACGAGAUGGCGCGGUAUCUGGCCGUGCACGCGAACUUUGAGGACGUGAUCUGCGAGAAUGUGAAUGGCGCGGUGGUUUGGUAUGCCAAGUUUGCGGAUGUCAAGAGCGCUGAGAUUGUUAGGCAUAGUUAUGAGGUAUGUGCUAGGCCUAACCGAGCGAAGGUCCUCUGAGGAAGCUUACGGUCGGGGGGAGUGACACAGCUAUAUGAUCAUUACGCUGACUUCUCCCCCCCAGCUCCGCGAAACCCUCAGCAGA